AUGAACGUUUAAUCAACUCACUAAUCUACUUUACAAGAUUUCUAAGUCAUUCAAGAAUUAGGAUCUGGUUCUUUUAGCAAUGUUUAUAGAGUAUUAAUUUUUUUAAUAUUUAUAGGUCAAAAGAAUUGCAGAUGGAUAAGAAUAUGCUUUAAAAAAAGUUAAAAUAGCUAACUUAAAAUAAAAAGAAAAAUAGAAUGCAUUAAAUGAAGUUAGACUAUUGUAUUCUAUAAAUCACAAACAUAUUGUUGCAUAUAAAGUAAGUUCUUUCGAGAAUUUUAGGAAGCCUUUAUUGAUGAACCUUCUUAAUGUCUUUGUAUAGUUAUGGAACUAUUAUCAGGAGGAGAUGUCUAUAAAAAGAUAUCUCAAGCAAGAGGUUCCACUCCCUUUUCAGAAAUGGACAUUUGGAGAGCACUUAUUCAUAUUACUUUAGGGUAUUUCGAAUUUAUAUAACUGAUAGAUUAAAGGCACUUCAUGAUUAAAAAGUAGUACAUAGAGAUCUUAAAUCUGCUAAUGUUUUUUUAUCAAAUGAUGGAACUUUCAAACUUGGAGACUUGAAUGUAUCCAAAGUUGCAAAAGGAGGCUUUGUAUAUACAUAAACUGGUACUCCAUAUUAUGCUAGUCCAGAAGUAUGGAGAGAUUAACCAUAUGAUAUGAAAAGUGAUAUUUGGUAAUUAUUGUUUUUAAUUUCUCAAAGGUCACUUGGAUGUGUAAUCUAUGAAAUGUGUUGUCUUUAGACUCCUUUUAGAGCAAAAGAUAUGGACUUACUAUUUCAAAAAGUUUAAAGAGGAACAUAUGAUAAAAUACAAAGUCACUUCUCUAAAGAUUUAUCUUAAAUUAUAUCUAGUUUAUUGUAAAUAUAACCUAAUCUACGACCAACAUGUGAUUAAAUACUUGCAAAUCCAAUUGUUUAAAAAUAUAUGAAAAAUUUAGAAACUAAUAUAGAAACUAAACCAAUCAAUAAAACACUUAUUGAAACCAUUCAAUUUCCAAAUAACUUUAAAUAAUUGAAAAAUCAAUUACCUAAGGUAUUAUUAAUAUAUAAUUAUUCAGUCAAAUUAUGACGAAGUAAAUCCCAAUGUUAGUGCUGAAAGAGUAUAAGACAAUAAAUCUACUGAUAAAUCUACUAGUCCUUUUAGAUAUUCUUAAUAAUAAUAAUAUAUUCCAAUUAAUGAAUCUAGAAUAAGUUAAAGUUAAGUAAAUGUAAUAUAAACAAAUCAAUAAUCUCCUUAAUAAAUUAAGAAUAGUUCUAUAUUGGAAAAAAAUUAAAGUAUUGUUCAAUAAUCUUAAUAAAAUCUAAGAUAAUAGUCAUUAAAUAAUAAAACUGAGAAACCUUAAUCAGCAUAAAUAAAUUAAAGAUAAAAUCCAUAUGAAAGAGCACAUGAAUUAAGAGAAUAAAGAGAAAGAGAAAUCAAGUAAUAAAGAGAAAAAGAUUAAUUAUUAAGAGAAAAAAGAGAGAGAGAUGCUAGAGAUGCUAAAAUUGCAAAAGAAGCUAAAGAAGCCAAAGAAGCUAAGGAAAAAUAAUAAUAAGAAUCUAAGCUUCGUGAAAGUAGAGAAUAAUAAAGACUUUUAAUGGAAAAAUAAUAAAGAGAAUAAUAAUAAGAAUAAUAAUAAUUUAGAAGAGUUUCUCCAAUCUCUGCUUAACCUCGAGAUUAUUCUUAUGCCAAUUACAUUAAUUAAUAAUAACCUAGAAGUCAACAUUCCUAUUCUCCUAUCACUAGAUCAAUGGAUUAAUAAAAUAUUUAAUUGGGACAAAAGUAUAAAUGUAAAUCUAUAUAGUGGCUAAAGAGCUAAUUAUAACAAUUAGAUUUAAUAAAGACCAAUUAUAAGCUAAUCAAUCAAUGUUAAUUAAAAUUAUCCCAAUCAAUAAAAUAGACCUUAUAAUUAAGAAACAUCGUAACAUAGACCUUAAUAUACUCCACAAUCUGCUGCUCCUCGACAAUAAUACAGUCCUCAUUAAAAACCUAUUACUGAUAGGUAUGCUGUUGCUCAUCCACAAUCAGCUUUACCUUCUUCAAAUGUUAGAGAAGUUUAAAAAACUGAAAGACCAUAAGUAUUUCCAACUUAAGCUAAAGUUAUUAAAUAAAGAUAAUCUGAUUACAAUUAGAAAAAUGAUUUUACAUCUCCCAAUUAAUAGGCUAUUAGACCUGCUGGAAAACCUUCAAGACCUUAAUCCAAUAAUAUAUUUUCUUAAAAUGAUAGAAUUAUUAAGACUGAUUCUAGACCAUAGAACAACUUUAUCACAGGUAAUUAUAAUCAUUAUUAUCCAAUUGAUAAUUAUUAAAGACAUGCAUCAGAUCAAAAUUUAAUAAGAUAUUAGUAAAUAUUGAGUAUAUUUUAGACUUCGAUAAUAGGAUAGAUAAGUAUUACUACGACCAUAGAUUAAUAAUAGGAAAUAUUGA